AUGGACUUUCUGCUGGGGAACCCCUUCAGCUCUCCCGUAGGGCAGCGCAUUGAGAGAGCUACAGAUGGGUCCCUGCGGAGCGAGGACUGGGCUCUCAACAUGGAGAUCUGUGACAUCAUUAAUGAGACUGAAGAAGGGCCCAAAGAUGCCUUCCGAGCCAUUAAGAAGAGAAUUGUAGGCAAUAAGAACUUCCAUGAAGUUAUGCUGGCUUUGACGGUCCUGGAGACAUGCGUCAAGAACUGUGGCCAUCGCUUCCAUGUCCUUGUGUCCAGCCAGGACUUUGUAGAAAAUGUCCUGGUGAGAACAAUCCUGCCCAAGAACAAUCCACCUGCCAUAGUGCAUGACAAGGUGCUGACCCUCAUUCAGUCCUGGGCCGACGCCUUCCGCAGCUCCCCAGACCUGACUGGUGUUGUUGCUGUCUAUGAAGACCUGAGACGGAAGGGCCUGGAGUUCCCCAUGACUGAUCUGGACAUGCUGUCGCCCAUCCACACACCACAGAGGACUGUGUACAGCUCCAACAUCCAAUCAGGACAGAAUUCGCCUGUGGUCAACUCACCUCAGCAGAUGGAGUCCAUCCUCCACCCUGUCACCCUGCCCACUGGGAAGGGAACAUCCAGUGACUCUCCCAUCACACCCACACCAGAGCAGGUCGGGAAGCUGCGCAGUGAGCUGGAAGUGGUGAAUGGAAAUGUGAAGGUCAUGUCGGAGAUGUUGACAGAGCUGGUCCCAUCCCAGGCUGAACCUUCUGACCUGGAGCUGCUGCAAGAGCUGAAUCGGACAUGCAGAGCCAUGCAGCAGCGUGUGCUGGAGUUGAUUCCUCGUGUCCUCCAUGAACAACUCACUGAAGAGCUGCUCAUCAUCAAUGACAACCUCAACAAUGUGUUUCUGCGCCAUGAAAGGUUUGAGCGUCUUCGGACAGGACAGCCUGUUAAGGCACCAAAUGAGGCAGAGAACAGCUUGAUUGACCUGGGGCCCAGUAGUCCUGCAGUGAAGCAGCCUGAAGUCACCAACAACCUCUCCUCUCAGCUGGCUGGAAUGAACCUGGGCUCAAGCAGCAUCAGUGCAGGGCCACGCACCCUCAACACCUCUGGCAAGCUGGAAGAAGAGUUUGACAUGUUUGCCCUGACCCGUGGCAGCUCGCUGGCUGAGCAGCGCAAAGAGGUAAAGUACGAAGAUCCCCAAGCCUCCAAAGGACUUGCUGGUGCCCUGGAUGCCCGGCAGCAGAACACAGGAGUGGUGCCGGUUCCCCAAGCCAAUUUCAUGGAAGACAUAGAAAAGUGGCUCUCCACUGAUGUGGGAGAGUCAGAGGAUGCAAAAGGGGUCACCAGUGAAGGUAAGUUUGACAAGUUUCUGGAAGAGCGAGCAAAAGUUGCAGACCGGCUACCUACCUUGUCCAGCUCCUCAGCAGGGACGUCCAUCUCCCCUCCUGCUGCCAGCCAUCACAGGAAGCAAGCAAAGGAAGAUGAUGCUAUGUUUGCCUUGUGAAUGCUAUGGACUGGUGUGCUGUGGAGCAAGAGGCUGUGUGUGCUGUUUUGCUUGCCUCCAAGCAGGGGCUAGCAGGGGAAGGACUC